AUGCCGACCGGGAUUUUUUCGCCAGCUACCCAAGGAGCAGCUUAUAUCAGAGAGGGAUCAUCGGAAGAGCAGAUCGGAGAUGCUGAGGAGGGAGAGAGGCUGCCGCAGGCGAGCCUUGCAUUUGCAGCUCAGGAGGAGCUGUUUCAGGCCCUGCUGCUAGGGGAGGCACCAGAGAGCGACACAAAGAGGCUGCUGACUGCUCCAAGCAGUGCGGGCAUGCGUGCUGCUCAGGCUGGCGAACCAUCUGAGUAUCCACCUGAGUAUCCACCUGAGUUUUCACCUGCUGGUCUGGUCAUGAAACAACCUGGAGAUUCAUCGUCAGGUCCCUCUGGAGAUCGAGAUCCAUCUGAAGAUCCAACGGCCACAGCAUCUUUGUGUUUUCCGAAGCCGAGAAUGCUCCGGCGCCAAGCACUGCUUGGUGCUGGCAGGAAGGACCUAGUUGUGAAGAUGGCCGUGAAAAGUGCUGCUUUGACACCAGAGGAAGGGAGGCAGGAGGGAGGCAAGCAGCAGAAGAAGAGGAAAAGGACCCUGAAGAAGUCUCAAGUUGUUUCCUCUGUGCAGGGCGGGCAGCUGGAUGCUGCUGCUGUUAAGGAGGUUUUUCCUGAACCCACGAGCAUAACAGUGGCAGAAGCAUGCGCGAUGCAAAGACACACUGAUGAUUCUGGUGAUACUGGGGUUGCUGUGGGAGGGAGUGAGGCAGCUUUGAAGGCGGCUGCGGUAGGUGCUGCUGUUGCUUCGGAGGGGAGGGAGGAGGGAGGCAAGCAGCAUAAGAAGAGGAAGAAGGCACAGAAGAAGACACAGGUGGUAUCAUCAAUGCAGAGUGGGCAGCUGUAUGGAGCACCUGAGAAGGCAGCUCCCAAGGCCAAGAAAGCGAGGAAGGAGAAAGUGCCACAGGAUUCCAAGUCCUCUGACCAGGGCAACAGUCAGGCUCAACCUUCCAGUGUCGUGAGUUCUGCUCCAGAACCAGCACCAGCAGCAGAACCAGCACCAGCAGAACCAGCACCAGCAGGUUUAGACCCGGCAGGUAGUUCCAGUGAAGGGUUGACUAGCUCGUCAACCCCCUCUCCUGCAGCUGCUGCUGCAAAUCAGAAAGGACCUGGACCUAAACCGAAGAAUAAAAGACGAGCAGAAGACAGUUCGUGUGGUGAAGUGAGGUACAUUGGAGUUCGGAAGAGGGGAUUGGGCAAUCGAUGGGUGGCGGAGAUAAAGGACAACAUCCAUGGCGUGCGGAGGUGGCUUGGGACGUUUGGCACUCCUGAAGAGGCGGCUCGUGAGUAUGAUAAGGCAGCACGGGAAAUCAGAGGUCAAAACACCCGCCGCACCAACUUCCCCUUACACAAGUAG